AUGAAAGUUUUAUACAAAACAACGUGUAUUUUCAUAUGCCUAUUUUUACUAUUUGGAAGUGCUCAUAGUAUUUUUUCGAGUGAAGAUGACGAUGCUGCAAACAACCAGCCAACAUCUGUAAAAACAUUUUUUGAUCGCUUGAGAAAUUUAAAAGAUCCCAUUCAAUAUGUAAAAGUUCUUGGAACUAUUGAAAGAUUGAAGCAGAUGACAUUCGUACGGGAAGAAUUAAGACUUCAAGCAAGCCAGCAACAGUUAGUUGCUCAGGAACAACAAGAGCUUUUAAUGAACCUAUAUCGGCAAUUAUUUGGACUAAGCAGAUAUUACAAUAUUAAGAAAGACCUAACUGCAUCAAAAGUUAUUAAUUCACUAUUGCAACAUUUCAUUCCUGAUGAACUUCUCGAUCAACUACAGAAUCAUUUGCCAUUUCCAGAUGACGUGAUUGCUCCACGACAACCAAAUUAUCAUGAACGUUUGGCUGGAUUUAUUUCAUUUACAAAUAUAAUUUGGUUCAUUUCUAUAUCAUUAUUCGUAAUUUCAAUAACAAUAUUAUUCAGAAAUUGGAUUUUUCCAUUAAUAUUGGAUUUCAUAUAUUGGGUUCCAGUCUUUUGCUGGGAGUUUCUUGCUCAUAUUAUUUGUUUUUUUAUAAUUUUCAAUGCACGUAUUUACGAUGUUGGCACUUCACGAAGAGAUUAUAUUGCGUUAACUGGUUGCAUUCUAUGGUCUCCAUUAUGGCUAUGGACAUUUUCACGACAAAUGCUAGAUUUGGAUCAAUCAUAUAGAUAUACUCAGAGAACGCUCGCUCACAUGUAUAUAGAACAAUGGCAGUUAUCGGUUUCGAUUCACGCAAUUCGUUGGUCCGCUGUAAAUUUAUCACUGGCAUAG